AUGAAGGAUAUAUUCUCAGGGACAGCUAAAAGAAAUGCAGCCAUAAAUCCGAGUAGGAAAAGAAGCUACAAGUAUCUCCCGGUAUAAGGAAAGUAUCAAAGUAAACUCGAUGAUGAAGAGGCAAGUGAAAUCGUGAAAUCAUGAACAGAAAUUCCCACAAUUUCACACCCUUACCUGGUGCUCGCCGAUCUGUCGCAAGAGCUCAUGAUACCCAUAGUGGCUACGAUGAGGCGCCUCACUUUUACCGAUCUCGUUCUGCCCAAUCUACUCCUGAUUACAGGAUUUUAGGCGUGCAAGAUACCCCAAGGUUGAUGGGAGACAGAACACUUUCAGGACUCAAUCGCACACCCAGUUUUCCAGCACAACCACAUCUCAGACAACAAAUGAAUGGAUCCAAUGGAGGCAUGAGAAGGGGGUUGAACCCGUGUUCGGGGAGAUUGUCCAGCAGUCGCCUCCAAGAACCGCAGAAAAUCCCAAUUCAGCAUGUUGCGAAUGCUUUAAAAGAGAGAGAUAGGGAAAAGCAAGAACGUCGCAAGAGGUGUGCUAUUUGCUUGGAAGAUUUUGAACCUCGUGAGGAAGUGAUGCUCACACCAUGCAAACAUGUGUUUCAUGAGGAUUGUAUUGUUCCAUGGCUAAGAAGCAAAGGCCAGUGCCCUGUUUGUAGAUUUGUGAUUUGUGAGGAGAUGAAUGAGCACGCUUCAUCCUUCAACGACGAUAUUGCCAUGCUGGGACCCAAUGACCACCUAAUUGCAGCCGAGCUUCUGUCAAUUUUUGGAGCCAUGGAACAAGCUCUCGAAAUGGGCGGUUGA